CCCCCCCAUUGGAUGAUCAUGGUUGCCCCUGGUGAUGAGGCCCGCCCACCAGCCCUGGAGGACAUCCUGGCCUUGCCAGCUGACCAGGCCCACAAUGCAUAUCACCACCUGACGCACUGGCUGCCCGAUGGAGGAGCCGACCCGACCGAUGCCGAGCUAGAUGCCGUCCCCUAUGACCUGCAGGAUAUUUAUGCUCCAUCUCUCUUCGGCAAGAUGCUGGACCUGGCUGCUCCGGUCAUCGAAACCGUCCCCCCGGUGAAGAACCGCCUGUCCACCGACAGCAACCUCUUCCUCCUCCGACAGACCGGCCCACGCGACCCUCCCUCGGCCCUCCCUCUGGUUCUUCCGACUCAUGCUCAGAAGGCCCUGGCUCAGACACAAGCUGCCAGGGGCCCGCUGGGCCAGCUGCGCGACCUGUUUGCCGAUGAGGAAGCCCCUCCUGGGGUCCCAUCUGGCGCAUCUGAGGGCACUUUUGUCCCGGAAACGUCGGCCAUGCUGCGUACUCUAUAUGCCUCGGGCAAGCUUUCGCCAGUGGACGUGGCCAAGUCCUUCCUGGCUCGUGCUCAGGGCUCUGCGGGGGAAAACCUCCGUGCCUUCGUGGCCAUCAAUGAAGCGGACCUGCUGGCCCAGGCCGAGGCAUCUGCCAGCCGCUGGCGCGCUGGCAGCCCCCUCUCUCCGCUGGAUGGAGUGCCGGUAUGCGUGAAGGAUGAAUUCCGCCAGAGUGCCUAUCCCUUGACGACGGGCGGCUCAUGCGUCUUGACCGGGGCCCCGGGGGAGUUCGGCCUGCAGGGGGACACCCCAGGCUCGGAGGAGGCAGCAUGCGUGGCCCUCCUCCGUCGGGCUGGGGCCCUGCUUGUGGGCAAGACGAACAUGCAUGAGCUGGGACUGGGCGUGACCGGGACCAACAUUCACCACGGGACCCCGGUCAAUCCCCGGGCAUUGGGCUUCGCAACCGGGGGCUCCUCCUCGGGCACUGCCUCCGCCGUGGCGGCCGGGCUGUGCCCACUCGGAGUCGGAGCCGAUGGCGGCGGGUCGGUCCGCAUCCCGGCCUCCUUCUGUGGCAUUUGGGGCUUGAAGCCGACUUUCGGCCGGGUUUCCGAGGCCGGGGCGGUGCCGCUGGUGUGCUCGGUCGGUCAUGCGGGCCCUUUGGCCACGAAUGUGGCCGACCUGGCCGCCGGGUACCUGGCCAUGGCAGGCCCCGACCCGGCUGGCGUCGAUCCGGUGGUGUCUCUGCAGCCGACUCCGCAUCUGGCCGGGGUUCGCGCGGCCCUGCGUCUGAAGUCCGACACUCUGGCCGGCAGCCUGGCCGGCGUGCGCAUCGGCAUCCCGCGGCACUACUUCCGCCAUGUGUUUGAGAGUGCCUGUGUUGAGGGUCCUCGCGCCUUCUUGAGGAUUUUGCGCGAUCGAACUGGCGUUGAGCUGGUUCCGUGCGCCUUGCCCGAGCUCGAGGAGUCCCGUGUGGCACACUUGAUCAGCAUCACCUCCGAGAUGCAGUCCUUCUCGGAUGCCUAUGGCGGUGGUGCCGCCGCCGCCGGCAUGGCCCCCAGCACGCGCAUUUGCCUCUCCAUGAUGGAUACGCUGACGCCCACGGAUCUUGUGCGGGCCCAGCGUCAGCGCACUCGUGCCAUCGAAUACCUCCGGCGCAUGUUCGACGGUGACCCCACCGGAGCACUCGGCUCGAACCGGUACUCCAGUUCGGAGGAUUCCAGCAUGCCGGCCCGGCAUCGGCCCUUGUCGCUGAUUGCCUCCCCGGCCACUGGCAUUGCGGCCCCGGACGUUCCUUACUCCAUGGUUCCCGGUCGUGGAGAUGCCCUGGAGGCCACGCCGCUCAGUCGGAUCAUGCGCUUCUCCUCCCUCGCCAAUCUGACCGGCGUGCCGUCAAUUGUGGUCCCGGUCGGGGUUGAUCGUCAGGGACGGCCCUUGGGCCUGCAGUUGGCUGGGCGCUGGUGGGAUGAGCAUCUUCUCCUGCGCGUGGCGGCCGUUUGCGAGGCGCUCCUGCGGGAUAUCGGUCCGGCCCGGGAUCUCCUCCCUGGCGAGGCGGACCCCCUGCCGGAGGAGGGCCCCCAAGUGCCGCUCAAGAAUGGCGCCCCCCUUCCGGAGGGUGGCUCUGGCUGCCGUGUGGGCAUGCAAGCCACCCCGGAGGUGUAUCUGCCGCACUUUUCUCGGGCCUGACAUCAUUCCAUCUUCUUCCCCCCUGCCCCGUUCUUCUCCCGUCCCUUUGCCUCCCCUCUCCCUCCCCCUCUUUUGCUCCUCCUUUGCUCCUCUUUCUUCCCGGCUGCGGCGGUAGGGCCCUGCAUCCCCGAUUCCCGCCCCUCCAACACGUUGGACGAACGGCGGACAGAGCACCACCAAUGACCCCCCACAUCUGGGCAUCUCACAUCUACCCUGUAUUAUUCCCA